AUGGCUCCAUUAGUCUGGCUUAUCACCGGUAGCUCAUCGGGCUUCGGGUAUAGCCUGUCCCUGUAUGCGCUAGCCGCCGGUCACCACGUAGUCGCCACAGUACGAAGUACCUCCAAAUCAUCCGAUGCAGUACAAAUAAUCCAGUCCAAAGGUGGAAAGGUUAUUGAACUCGACGUAACAAAGGCAGAUACCGUGCCUGAUGCAGUGAAACUAGCUGAGAGUUUCUACGGCAGGAUCGAUAUCUUGGUAAACAACGCAGGAUACUCGCUACUAGGGGCAAUCGAGGAUACAAAAGAUGAGGAGAAUUAUGCCCAGUUUGAAACCAACUUCUUUGGCCCUUUAAGACUCAUUCGUUCUGUUCUGCCGUUCAUGCGUUUGCGCAAAAGCGGAACGAUUGUGAACGUCACUAGUAUAGCCGGACAGGAUGGGAUCCAAUCAGUAGGGUUGUACGCAGCUAGCAAGUUCGCGCUAGAGGGGUUGUCGGAAUCAUUGGCCCGAGAGGUAUCGCAAUUUAAUAUCUCUGUACUCAUCGUUGAACCUGGGGCAUUCCGGACGAAUUUCCUAUCGGCAAGGCUGAAGACUGAAACCCCACUGUCGGAAGCCUACCAGGGUGGCCCUGUAGCGGCAGCACUCGAAAUGUUCGACUCGGCACAAGGGAAACAGAGAGGGGAUCCGGAGAAAGCAGUGGCUAGAAUCUUUGGAGCUGUGACGGGAGAGGGCGUGGCUGGAGAGCUUAAGGGAAAGGUCUUGAGGCUGCCUCUGGGUCCAGACUGUGUACAGCGGAUAGAAGGGAAGUUGAAGAGCCUAACUGAUGACUUGGAUAAUGCGCGUGAGGUGGCCUUGAGUACUGAUUGUGACAACUGA